CACGGAAUGAGCAAGAGGAACAGGAAGAAAAACGAGAGAUCAAGAGAAGAUUAACCCGUAAGCUAAGUCAAAGGCCUACAGUGGAAGAGUUGAGAGAGAGGAAAAUCCUCAUCCGUUUUAGUGAUUACGUAGAAGUGGCAGAUGCUCAGGACUACGACAGACGGGCAGAUAAACCAUGGACAAGGCUAACAGCUGCUGACAAAGCAGCAAUUCGCAAAGAGCUAAAUGAAUUUAAGAGCACUGAAAUGGAAGUUCAUGAGUUAAGCAGGCAUUUAACAAGGUUUCACAGGCCAUAGGAACGGAAUAUGCUGCCAUCUUGAGAGCAAAAUGGAAAAAGAACCAUAAGUGCUGAUGUCAUUCAUUUCUCUGUUACGUACAGUGGUAAAUCUUCUGAACUGAACUAAAAACCUAUGAAAACAUGCAGGAAAUGUGAGUUUUCUCAUCCUGGGAAUAACUUCCUCGUACAAUCUGUUGGCACAACAUUCGGCAACUGAGGCUAUCUUGGCAAGAAUCAUCCCUGGAGUUGGCACACUUAUAUUUUAAAUGCUGCUGUAUGGAGCCCCCAAGCCAUUUGUUCACAUUAGUGGUCUUUGUUUUUCGAUCCCGUCAGUCCUCUUUCAUCUCUGAAGGAAGCUGAGGCCCUUGGUAUUUGGCACUGACAGAAGUUCUGCUGGACACAAAGUCACUGUUCUGGAACAACGUUUCUACCAAACAUUUCAUUCUGUGUGGAGCACCUUAGAUGGGGUGAGCUGGGGAAAUGGAAUGGAUCCAUCUCUCUUUGACUUUCCAAACCCCACCACCCCGGGAAGAUCUUCGGCUGACUGGUGGGCUACUCUUCGAUUUCUACAGGACCAAGAAAGAUUCUCCACCCUCCAUUUCUCUUCUUCAAAUGAUUCUUUUGCUGCAAUGUUUUGGAAGAGUUCAAGAUUGGAGAACUUUGUCAUCGCACGCUUAUUUUCUACAGUGGAACGUGUCACACUGCCUUCUGCCCUGCUGGCUAUUUCAUGUUUCAUAUGGUCCUGUGUAGCAGUUCGAUAGCCUAGCGUGUCCUGGCGUGGCCUGUCAGCUUUACAUAGGUUUUUCCAAUUCACUAAUGUGCAGGACAGAAAAGGCACGAGUUAAAGAGAACACUAAUUAUGCUGUAUGCUUGGAUGUUGAUUUUUGUUUUCUUCUUUUAACAGGAGGGAUUUCUAUUCUUCAAAGUGCUUCUUGGUAUAAAUAACUAAAUAUGCUGUUGUGAAUGGCUCAGUCUUAAAUUGAGAAACAAAGCAUUUGGCAAAAGGCUAGAGAUGUGCUAUUGUUAUUAUUUAUCAUCAUAUUUUAUAGUUUAUUUUAUGAUAUUAUUUCACGUUUAAGAUAUUGGUCUUCUUUUAAUAAGAAUACCUUUGCACAUUGGAAAGGAUUAUGAAGCCACUGUAUCAAAACACUUUGGUGAUGUCUACUAAGAUCUACAUCUAGUUCAGAUUAAACAUCUCUGACUAUGCCUUUUAGGUUGAAACGUUGCCAUCUUGAACGUUUUGCCCAUCCAUGCAAAUCACUAUAGAUAUGGCAGCUUUAAUUCUCAGACCUUCGCUGGUGUAAGAUUAUAAUCUGAGAUCUAAAUGUGGUUGUACUUAGAGGAGACUGUUAUACUGAAUAGGUCUUAAAUAGACAAUAACUUAAGUACUGUUUCAGUGGGGUCUCCUCUAAAGUGAGGGCUACUUAAGUUCAGGUGAUUUCAGUGGGCUUCAUCUAUUUAGGAUUAAAUCAAAAGAGUGGUUGGAUUGAUCAAUUUUCUUUGAGAAAACAUGUAUAUGGAAGCACAUUUUAAUGGGUGACUGCAAUGAUUCAGGUUCUUCUCCAAACUAAAACCUGGGUCACCGUAGUGCCCAUUACAAUCCUCACUGAAUAUGUGAUUAAGCUAGACUAAGAAAAUCCAUUUUUUCUUACACAGAUUGGUUUUGUCUAGUUAUGUUACUCUGGGUAUAAGAAAAAAAAGGAGAUGAAAUAAUAGAGUACUUUGUUUUUAGAUAAAAGUACAUGUAUUGGUUUUUUUUAUUUAAAAAAUGCAAAAAAAAAAUAAAGAGAUUACGACACCACCAGUGGUCAGCAGAUGAAGUAGGCUGGGUGAACCGCUAGGACUGUGGAGAUGGGAUGGUAGUGAAAAUGUUAAUUUAUUUGCCUGGUUUGCACAGAGCAAAUCUAUAGCAGAUAAACUGUUUUUUUUUACACCUUGAAAACACUCAUUUUAACAUAGCCAGUUUUCAUCUGUCAUAGUUUCAUAGCAUUAUGAAAUAAUGGAGACCUGCUUGCCCACCAUACCAGCUUUACAGUCCACCAAUCCUUGAGUGAAGCUCCUCCCCAUUGUUCAAAGACUUAUUCUUACCACCACCACGGAUUAUCUUUUUCUUUCUUUCUUCCUGAGAAGAAUUAAUGGGUUACAGAACUGAUCCUCUCUGCACAUCUGAAUUUCCAGAUGACUUUAAUUUCACUUUGCUGAUAAUCCAGGUAGUUCCUGUCUCUUUACCUAUGAGGAGUAAAAGACCAGGACCAUACAUGAAGGUUGGAUUGAACUGCUAAAAGCCCAUGCAUAAGAAUCUUCUCCACUAAUGGUCAGCACCAUUACGUUAGUUAGAUGAGGGUCAAUGGACUUAGUUCAUUUGAACUGUGUAGGGAUUCUAGGCUGAGCCCCCUUUUCACUCUGCCCCCAGGUACUGCCAUUCCUUCUCUUGAAUCAUCUUCCAUAAAAGUGAAAGCAUUUUUGUCCAUGUUAGAAGACCCAAGGAAUAGUAACUCGAUAUUUUUUUUAUGCAGGUGUAUGGGUGGAAUCAAGAAAUGGGGCAUAACUAAUUCAUACAAUGGAACUGUAUGGUGUAGCUUAUCAAAAUGGAGGGUUGUUUUGCUUUCUGCAUACAAAUCUUUUCAGGUUUUUGUGUGCAAAAUAUUUUAUUCCAAUCCUUACCAUCCAUACAAGCAAAUUGUUGAAUUGGACAAAACUAUCCGUUUUCAAAAAGUCAAAAGUUAUCAGCUGAGGUCCCACCCACUCAAUGUUUAAAUAACUUGAUUAUUCCCUAAAGCUCUUUGGUGAAAAAUAGCUUAUUUUUGAAGACCAAAUGGUGUUUAUUCUUUCUAAAGCACAGUCAGCUGUUUCUCCUACAGAGUCAGCUGAAACAUAGAGUUAUACGCCACUGCUAUGCCAAAUUUAACUAUUUUCACCAGUAAAAUCUAUGGAUAAAAACAAGCUAUUGUUGUUGCCCUACUCCCAUUCAUUUCACCAGGGCUUGAGUAGGAUGUAUUUUGUUUAAAUGGAGAGAGGCAGUCUUUUUCCUAGCAUAUUCAGUUUAUUUCUAAGCCUCUGUUGUCCACAUGAAGCUUUCAGACAUCUAUUUUCUACUCUUGGAGGAAGCAUUCCCCCCACUUAAUCUCUAUGAAAGAACAAGGAUUGUAAAUCUUGCAAAAGGCACACAGGGCUGCAUGUCAGUCCCGCAUAGAACUUGAUUAGGCAGCUUAACUUAAUGGUUGCAGGACUAGAAAUGAGGAUUCCAGUUGCUCUCCCAAGUUAUUCUGAAACCGGUACAUUUCCCAGGUCCUUUUCCCGUCAAAAUGAAUGUACAUAGUUUUGUCUUUGUAUAGGAGUGAAUGUGGUGACAGUCGAGACUGUGAUCUUCCAGUAUUGUAAUUUAACAGAUUAUGGCUGUAUGGAAAACGAUGAUGAUAAAAUGUAAAUAUCUAGAAAAAAACACUAAAGUGAAUCUCUACAUCUAGAGUUUCAAUUUGUAUAUACUGAAACUGCAUGGUAUUUAAAUUGUCUUGGAUGUAUGCAGUUUCUUUAAAAAAAAGUUUCAAAGAAAAAAUGUUUUGGUUUUCUUUCUUCUGUCUGUUACAUGUUCAGAGACACCCAGGAGUCAAAAACUAAGCCGCAGAGAGAGCAAUACUUAUAUCAGAGGAUCAAACGAAGCUCCGGGGAAGUUUUCCCCGUCCUUUGAAGAACUGCAUCUUGUCCACCUACGUAGAAUGCUACCAGUUGUCUUGAUGUCCGGUUUAUGGACUCCCUGGAGGCCUUUAUGGUGGCUCCAAAACCCAUCAACCGAUUUGGUCAUUGGUUUUGGAGAUUAAGCAAAUCCCAUUUGCCUUCUUUACAUUUUAGUGGGGGUUUUCUCAUUGUUUCCAGUUCUUCAGAAAUCAUAGCUAUGGUUUUAAUUCAACAGAAAAAAAAUUGCAGCGAUUAUUUUGUCAAAUUCUGCCAAGUGUUUUCUUUUAGUACUUUCUCUUAGCCCUGGACAGUUAUUGAUUGAAGAGGGCAUCACUGAAUUAAUUACACUCCACGAAGCAAGCCGUUCCAUCCUUCAUCUUUGUAUGCAAAACUCAGUGAUGAGUUUUCCUCUUAACAUUCACAUGGUAAUAUUUGACUUCUGAACAUUGUGUAAAAAAAACUUAUGAGAGCUCUUUCUACACUAAUCUAAAAUAGGUUUGUUCAGGUGAAAACCUUUGCAGAACAUUAAAGAGAACAGCCUGCCUCUGAAGAAAGAUUUGAAUUUCACUAGUCUGGCACCUUAUUUUUAAAUAGCAUUUCACGCUUGACACAGUGAGGAUUCUUGCACUGCUGUGGAACAAAAUAAAAUUUGAAGAAGGGAUCAAGCCAUUACGAGAAGUCAUUUGUUGCUCACAGUCAAUGUUACUGUAAUCAUAAAAGUAGUCUGCAUUUUAAACAUAUGAAUGGAAAGGCAAUACAUUUAUUUCAAAUAAUAAAAAUGAAUCCACUCUAUUAGGAAUUGCUGAUGACCAGAGGAUUAGUGGAUCCAUUGUGGUGCAGUGGUUAGAAUGUAGUAUUGCAGGCUCACUCUGCCC